AUGGUCGUGCGGGCCAUGGGCAGGGCCGGGGAGGAGAUAUGCAGGGUCAUGAUUGCCAUCUACUCCUGGGGCGGCGGGGUCGGCUUCCUGAUGAUCUUGAAGGGUGAGCUCGCAUACCUUGCGGACAUCGUCUUCGGGUUGCCAGGGAUUCUCUUCGGUCUCGACACUGGAGUUAUGUUGAUGAUGAUCGUUUCCGUGUGCGUCAUUUGGCCUCUGAGCUCCUUGUAUGACAUAUCGUCUCUCAAGGUGUUCGCUCCGUUGGCGUGCGGCGCGGCGGUGUCCAUCACGGGUGUGGUGGCAGCCUGCAUGCCUUGGGGGGCGGAGCCUUGCCAUGGUCCUGCGGACGCGGUACCAGGUUCGCUGAAGCACCCAGGGUCGAUGAAGCAGGUCCCGGACUCGCUGGCGGACGUAGCCGCCGCGCUGCCGCUGCUUGCGUUCGCGCUCAACUCUAGCUGGGCCUACGUGCCGAUCCUGUGCACCCUGAGGGACAAGACUGGCCCGAGGAUAUGGUCGCUCCUCGCUGGGUCAAACACCAUCAUCCUGCUCAGCUACCUGGUCCUCUCCUCCUGCGGCUACUUCAUGUUCUGCGGCGAAACCAAGCCCAACAUCCUGGAGUCGAUGGGUGACAGCGUGGACCCCGCCUCCGCCAAGGGUCUCGCUGUCCGCCUCGCGCGUGCAGCCCUGGCCUUUCAGCUGAGCAUCGGCCUGCCCGGACGCUUCUGGGUGGCGCGCCGCACCCUGGGCGGCGGCGAGCUGCCGCUCUUCCGGCGAUGCUGCGUGUCGGGCGCCCUGGCAGGCUCUGCGGCUGUGUUGGCAGCCCUCCCCCUCUCUUUGGCCACCGUGCUCGGGGUGGUGUCCAGCAUCUGCGCCAGCAUGAUCAUCUACAUCCUGCCGGCGGUCAUAGACCUGGCGCGCAAGGCAUUGCCAGGGGCUGGCAGGAGGGCCUGCUCGGUGCUCAGCCUGCUGGUCGGCCUCUUCGUCAUGUGCUUCGGCCUGUGGGCCAACGUCACUGGAGUGGCCAAGGGCAGCUGA